AUGAAACGCGGUUCUCUGCCAAGCCAACGCCGAGUCGCUCCACGAAUACGGCCGCGGUCCCCGCAGCCCGCCGAAAAACGACUUACGCGACACCCCCUCCGCCACCCCACGGCCGGCCGGAACCACCUUCUCCGGCGGCCGCCGCCUCAUCCCCAGCGGCCCCGAGCCCUUCAUCCCUUCACUCCUAAAAAUUCCGUUUCCGAACACCAGGGCGGCCCCCAGCAGCCCCGACAUGAGGAGGAGGACCACCGCGGAAGUCCGCCGCCGCCUCCGGCGCCUGCCCGUGGCCUCCUCCGGCGGGACGUGGGCAUCAAUAAGAGGGGUGUACGGGCAGGAGAUGCGGCUGUCGGGCAGCUGGUCGUGAUCGGCGGCCAUAUUCUUUUCGAAUGUUGUUCCUGUGUUGAUUUCAUGGCCACACCACGAAAUGCGCAAAUUUUUAUAAGGGGGGAGCUGCAAGCUCCUUGCGCUGGACGUCGACCAGUAGAGGUGGCACUUGGCCUGGCCCAAGCCAAAGCCCAGGACCCCAGUAGAGGUGGCACUUGGCCUGGCCCAGGCCAAAGCCCAGGAUCUGUGUACACGAACAUUGUUCAGCCCAUAAAGGUUUAG